UGUUUUUCUAAAAAUAUUAUAAAUUGCAAUAUAAAUAAUCUAAAUAUUAUUAACAAAAUGAUGAAAACCGCUGACAACGUGAAUCCACACGUAUUCGAAAAGGACUCAGCGCGAGAAAUCACAGCAACGGAACGGGACGAAGAUGUUCUAGACGAAAUCGACGAACGGGAAAUCUUUGAUUUAAUACGCAACAUAAACGACCCCGAACACCCCUUGACACUCGAAGAGCUCCACGUUGUCGAGCAACAGAAUAUAUUUAUUGAUAAUAAGGAUAAUCUAGUGAGAGUGUAUUUUACCCCGACGAUUCCUCACUGUAGCAUGGCUACUUUGAUAGGGUUGUCAAUCCGAGUGCAGUUACUACGAGCUUUACCAAGUCGUUUCAAAGUAACAGUGGAGGUGUCAGAGGGAACUCAUGUAUCAGAAAAUUCCGUUAAUAAACAACUAGCUGACAAAGAAAGGGUUGCUGCUGCACUAGAGAAUAAUAACUUAGUGCAAAUUAUUAAUCAGUGUAUUGCUAAUCUAUGAAAUUAUAAAGUAUGGUAUCCAUAUUUGUGAUAUAGAGUCUAAUAAUGUCUUUUUUAAUGUAAAUAAUUAAAGAUAUUUGUUAGGAAAUAUAAUGAUUA